AUGAGUCUUCUCAGCAAUGCUCAGAUCCCAGUGCAGCGGCUUCUGGAGCUGGCCAAGCAAUUUCACAAGGUGCUGCAGCAGCAGAGUGACUUUGAGAGAGGCAAGCCGACUGCUGCCAGUGCACAGAAACUGCAGCAGCUCAUGCGGCGUUCCGGAGUUCCAUUCUACUCAGACUGUGAGCUCACCAUGUACCAGAAGAAGCAGACUGGAGAAGACGAGUCCGCAUCCAGGGGCCGCUCCGUCUUCUUGACGCUGAAUUCCGGGCUGGAAAGAUCGGCAGAUUACAGGAAGGAUGAUCUGUGGAUCAUUGGCACGCUGCCGGAGCUGUUUGAGGUGGAACUACUGUGUGCGGUGCCAGCAAACUUGCACAAGAAGCAGCAAGUGUAUGCGCUGCACGGCCCUGACGCCACCACCGAGCUUGCCAUGAUCUCCACUCUGCGGUCCCUCAAGGCACUCAAGCUGCCCCUCCUGCCUGCGCUGCUCCAGCCUAAUUCAGGCACUGAUGAGCAUGCAGCAGCCAGCGCUGCGCCUGAUGAAGCAGCAAGCUGCAGUGAGGCUUGUGACCUGCAGAGCGCUGUGGUCUCUGCUAUGCACACUGUUGUCCAGCAGUUUGGCCUGAACACCGCACAGGCAGCUGUCCUCCAAGCCAUGCAGCCUUGGUUCCUGCCAGGCAACAAGGCAUGCAGCCCUCUGUGCAUCAUCCAUGGGCCCUUUGGCACGGGGAAAUCGAUGCUGCUGGUCGCCGCGAUCCACCUGUUGUUGCAGCUGCGGGACAGGGACACCCCUCUGAAGGGCUGCAGGAUUGCAGUCGCUGCGCACACAAAUGCAGCCGUCGACCGAGUCAUGUGCGGCCUGCUGCAGUCAGGCCAAACAGACAUUUUGCGCGUUGGACCACUGCGACGCAUCAGCCGCGAGUUGCUGCCUCACUCUCUGCAUUCGACGGCUGGCAAGCGCUCAGAGGCAGCCCAUGAGCUAGAGGCCAUGCUGAAGGAAGCCACAUCCGUUGCAGAGCAGAACGUACUCAAGGACGAGCUUGCCAGGGUGAAGGCUGGUGCAGAGAGGGCGCGAAGGAAGAGGCUCAAGACGGCGGCGGUGGUGGGCGUGACGUGCUGCUCGGCAGUGCUACCAGUGCUGGACGAGCAGCAGUUUGAUGUGGUGUUUCUGGACGAGUGCAGCCAGAUGGUGGAGCCGCUGUCCCUCCUGCCCCUUGCACGCGCCCGCUGCAGGUUUGCAGUGCUGUCUGGCGAUCCAAUGCAGCUGCCUCCGCUGAUCGCGCACCCCCCGCAGCUGCCUCAGCGGCCGGGGGGACCCGUGGCCCAUGGGCUCCUGCGGCCGGUGUUUGUGCGCCUCGCCAGCAUGGGCCACCACGUCCACAUGCUGCGGCGCCAGUACAGGUGCCACCCGGAGAUAGCGGCCAUCAGCAACGCGCAGUUCUACGGGGGCCGCCUGCUGGACGGCUGCAGCGCGGGUGACCGGGCGCCGCUGGUGCGCGGGCUGCCGCCGCUGCUGUGCCUGGACGUGCGCGGCAGCCAGGACUAUGCGGGCGGCUCCCACAGCGCAUCCAACAGGGCCGAGGCCACCGCCGUGGUUCAGGUGGUGCGUGGGCUGCUGGCACAGCAGCACAGCAGUGAAGAUGGUGAGGAGAGCGGCAGCAAGCCUGUGACACCAGACACGAUUGGGGUCAUCUGCUUCCACAGAGCGCAGGUUGGCUUGGUCACAUCGCUGCUGUCUCGCCCCACCGCAAGUGCCAACUCCAGCGCUGGUGACGGUGCGAGUUCAUCCAGCAGUGCUGGCGUGACUGUCGCGACUGUGGACUCCUACCAGGGGCUUGAGAAGCCGAUCAUCAUCCUGUCGACUGCGGUCACACGAGUGGGGGCCUUUGUGGCUGACCCGCACCGCCUCAACGUGGGUGAUGCUGCUGUCCUCCGUGACACUGCACCGGCGUUCAAAGCCUUCCUUGCCGCAGUGCGAUCGCGCCCGGGUGCCUACAAGCACUGCCACCCUGGGCAGCCAAUCCCGCUCGCCAGCCUUCUGCUGCCGUGA